AUGAAGCAGGUCUUUCGUGACUCGUUCUUUGGACAACUCGUUCGAUCCGCAUCUGGCAACAAAUAUUUCAAGUAUCCAGAAGAAGAGCCCGGCUUUCAGAUUCCCGCGGAAUAUCUCCAUCCCGCAGAGCGUAAUAAGCGACGAUCAGAGAGUGGAAGGCGCGAGCAAGUCUCUCCGCGACGAACCGAGUCUGGAGUCACGAUCGUGGUGACAUGGUAUUCAGACACGGAUUCAGAAAAUCCCCACAACUGGCCUAUCCGCAAGAAGCUAUGGGUCGGCUGGAUCAUCUUGCAAUACACGCUAGCCAUCUACAUCGCAGCAUCCCUAUACACCGCAGCGAUUCCUGAGAUGAUGGAGAGAUGGAAUCUCGGCCGUGUGGCGUCCAGUGUCGGUCUGUCGAUCUAUAUCCUUGGAUACGGCACCGGUCCACUCAUCAUGUCACCUCUUUCCGAAAUUCCUUGGAUUGGACGAAACCCGCCAUAUGUGAUCGGUUUCUUCCUUUUCUGCAUGCUUGCCAUCCCAAUCGCAUUUGUCGACAACUUCGCGGGAAUGUUAGUGCUAAGAUUCUUCCUUGGUGUUGCUGGCUCGCCUGCAUUGACGACUGGGGCAGCGAGUUAUGGAGAUUUCUGCACUGCGAUGCAGAUGCCUUACGCGAUCGCGAUUUGGGCGGGUGGUGCAUCUGCAGGUCCUUCACUCGGUCCUCUACUCAGCAACUUCGCAGCAGAAGCGAAUUGGCGCUGGCCAUUCUACGAGAAUUUGCUGAUUGCAGGACCGACCUGGUUGGCAAUGUUCUUCUUCCUUCCGGAAACAUCCCACGACCAAAUUCUUCUCCGUCGAGCACAACGCCUGCGCAAGCUGACCGGUCGCAAUGAUCUCAUGGCCGAGUCGGAAAUUAAAGCCAAGACGAAGCGCACCAAAGAAGUCCUGUUCGCAGCUCUGGUCAAGCCGUGGGAAAUCAAUAUGAAAGACCCAGCCGUUCUGUAUACGACCAUAUAUCUCGCCCUCGUCUACGGGAUCUACUAUUCCUUUUUCGAAUCCUUUCCGAUCGUCUUCGGCGAGAUCUACCAUUUCAGCUUCGGCAUCAUGGGCGCAGCCUUCCUGUGCAUGGCCGUAGGAAGUUUCCUGGCCAUCAUCGUGUGGUGUAGCUACUUCUACUUCUACGCCGAUCAGCAGAUGGCCAAAAUGCAAUUGGAAAACGUCCCGCCUGAAGCACGUCUGGUUCCAGGAUUAAUCUUCACUUGGACGAUUCCUGCUGGAUUGUUUGUCUUCGCAUGGACAUCUCGUGCAUCGAUCCACUGGAUCGCGCCUAUGAUCGGAGUCUCGAUAUCGAUGAUGGGCAACUUCAUCAUCGCGCAAUGCGUGUUUAUCUACUUGCCCUUCUGCUACCCACGUUACAUAGGCUCGCUUUUCGCAGCGAACGGUCUCUCUAGAUCUUUACUGGCCGCCGGCGCGGUUAUCUUCGCCAUCCCAAUGUUCGACAAUUUGGGUGUGGACUGGGGCGUCAGUCUGCUGGGUUUCUGUAUGGUCGCGUGCUCAAUCGGCAUAUACGUCCUGUAUUUCUUUGGGGCGAAUCUCAGGAAGCGAAGCAAAUUUGCAGAAUCUUGA